AUGGGCUCUCACAGUUCUCUUACGCAGUACGCCGCCUUCGUCGAGCCCGACACCGGGCUUGCCCGGAUUGGCCACUAUGACCUUUCCCAGCAGACUAUCCAGCCGUUGAGCUUUGUUUCUGGAACUCCCGUGACAAACCUGUAUGAGGUUAUCGCCGCAGGGCCAUCCAAAAUAAUCCCCAAUGGCGAGGUUCUCCCAGCCAAGCGUGUUAGAUUAUUGCCUCCAAUUUCAGGUCGUGACAUCCUGGCUGUAGGCAAGAAUUAUAUGGAACAUGCAAAGGAGUUCAACAGCUCUGGCUAUGACAGCUCUGAUAAAACGGAUCGGCCGAGUCACCCGGUAAUCUUCACCAAGCGGGCUACCUCUAUCGUUGCAGAUGGGAGCGAAGUCCUGCUACAUCCCGAGUUCUCCCAGACGGUCGACUACGAGGGGGAGAUCGGUGUCAUUAUUGGCAAGUCUGGCUUCCGUGUUGAAGAAGCCGAUGCAAUGCAAUAUGUAUGGGGAUAUACUAUUAUCAACGACUUGACUGCACGAGAGCGCCAGCGCGACCAUAAGCAGUUCUUUAUUGGCAAGUCUCCAGAUACUUUCUGCCCCAUGGGGCCAAUCGCUGUUCCCAAGGAGGAUCUUCCUGCUACCUUAAAGGUUGAGACACACAUUAACGGCGAGCUCAGACAGAGCGCUACUUCGGAAGAUCUUAUCUUUUCGAUCCCGAAUCUGAUCAAGACUAUUUCUGAGGGCCAAACCUUGCAGCCAGGCGAUGUGAUCGCCACCGGAACGCCUGCUGGUGUCGGCAUUGGCAGAAAACCACCCGUAUUUCUCAAAUCAGGAGACCAGAUGAGCGUCUCCAUUACCGGACUGGGGACACUCAACAAUCAAAUUGCUCCCGCCCAUGCCGUCAACCCGACUAUCAAGCGAGUUGAUUCGGAUUCACCCUUCCGCCUCACAAAUGGCGCCAAGUCACUCAAUGCCGGCGUGGGCUUGACCCAAGUGAACGGCAAAAAUCUGAAUUAUCAGCGGCUGGGAUCAGGUGCGAACCACAUCGUGUUCGUACACGGCCUCGGCGGCACCUUGGAUUACUGGACACCGCUCAUCUCGACACUUUCCUUGGCCGAGACAAAUACCCUUCAUCUAUUUGAUCUCGAGGGUCACGGGGCUAGCCCAACUCAUCCUUUAAGCCAACUGAGCAUUGAAUCCUUUGCCGCCGAUAUCAAGUCAAUUUUUGAGACAGCUGGAGCCUCCGCAUCUGCGCCAGCAACACUUGUGGCCCAUUCUAUGGGAUGCCUUGCGGCUCUCAAGUUCACACUUGAUAACCCAGGGCUAGUCGAGAAACUUGUCCUGGUUGGACCUCCUCCCUCCCCAUUGCCCGAAGCUGCAUCAAAGGGAUCGUAUGCCCGCGCUUCCCUGGUCAGAAGCAAGGGCAUGAACGCUGUUGUCGACACGAUCGUCGAUGCCGGAACUUCAAGUAACACCAAGAAGGCGAACCCCCUCGCAAUCGCCGCCGUGAGAAUUAGUCUUCUAAGUCAGGAUCCAGAGUCAUACGCCAAGGCUGUCUGGGCCCUCGCAAAUGCCACUCAAAAGCUUGACGUCGAGGCAAUAAAGGCUAAGACCUUGAUUGUGACUGGUGAUGAGGAUAAGGUAUCACCUCCAUCACUGUGCGAAGCAUAUACGUCUAGGAUCCACGGAUCUACGAUUGUCGUUUUGAAAGAUGUUGGUCAUUGGCAUGUAUUUGAGAAUGUUGCCGGUGUCGCAGCGGCGGUGAAAGCCUUUCUGUAG